GGUGUCUGGUCCACCAUCGGAAAGUUGAAGACGACGAAUGACGUUUGUUGCUACCCAUCGUUCAUUUUCUUGCAUUUCGCCAUCACGGUCACAGGUGGAAGCAAAGACACAAAGCAUCAGGUAGAUAUAUAUAUCCAGAUCGGCAAAUGCAUUCCAGCCAGCUUACUCAUCACUCACAUCAGUAGCAUCGUUGCAAACACCUCAUCAGCCAAGUGAAAAAAGGCAGCCCAAAGGAACCAUAGCUGCUACCAGUAUCAUUUUUCAAGCCUGAGUGGACACAACAACAAGCAUGAGAAUGAAGUUCCAAGCAUCCGUGAUCUUAUCCCUAUGUUCUCUGUCAGCUUGGCAGCUCCAGGAUACCCAUUGGGGUAUCCAAGCCUUUGUUCCUCUUCAUCGCCACUACCAUCAUCACCUCAAUAAGGCAGUAGCGCCAACCAUCGCCACAAGAAGAGCCGAAUCUGCUACCGAUACUAGUGCUACUGCUACUACUGUCAAUGGGGACGCAGACGACGACGAAACUGUGGCUACCGAAGCCGAAACCAUUGCUCCACCCGUCCUCGAAACCAAAGCUUCCUUUUCCGUUGACACCACCACCAGCGAGUUUGGGAAUCCCGUACAUACACUAACUUUUGAAUCCAUUCCGGGACAAGAAGUGGGUGUACCAUCCAUCACCAUGGAAACUGGAAAAAUCGGUAGACAGGCAGCAGGAGCCAUUGUCUUGACACGAGGUGACACGGUCUUGUACGCCACGGCGGCACGAGACCAUGCCCCCAAAGAUAAUAUCGACUUUUUACCACUCUCGGUAGAACACCAAGAACGAUUUUCAUCCGCCGGGUUGACGUCGGGAUCGUACAACAAACGCGAUGGACGACCCGCCGAACACGAAAUUUUGACCUGUCGACUCAUUGAUCGACCACUGCGACCACUCAUUAAUAGUGGAUGGAGACACGAAACGCAACUCUUGAAUUGGGUACUCAGUUACGAUGGCA